AUGCGGCUGGCUGGGUCAUGUGUGCGUUCUCGUGGCCUGCUGUGGAGCGAGUGGCAGGUGACGUGGCGUCUGUGCCGACAUUUUAGCACUUCCACUUUCCGUUUAGCGCUUGAGCGGGUUGAGGUAGCGCACUCGCAGUCUUACACGCGCCGUGGCGUCACGAUUGGCUUUACGUCGUCCGCCGGGAGUGGGAACAGCGGUGUCUCGCCAUCGUCAUCGUUAUCGUCAUCCUCUGCCAGCACUGGGGAUGUACUUGCCAACUACGUGAGCUUUUUGGCCGAUGACACGACGGCGCCGGCGGCAACGAAAGAGAAUGGUGCACAGCCGCUACGUUCUUUGCGCUCCGUUGCCGCAGCAGAGGCGCUUUUCUUUAAGGAGGAGGCAAAGAAUUACUGCCGCCUCUGUAUGGAGGAGUCACAGACGACUCCGAAGUCACAUGUUGUGCUGGCGUACCGCGCGAGCCACACCAAUCAUGCCUGUCGUGAAGUGGUGUUGGAUAGUUUGGCGUUACUGGCCAUACGGGGCUAUCCGAUUGAUGAUAUCUACCUCGUUUGGUCAGACAUCCUUUACCGUGAGUCCAUGUUCCAGCGUAUUCCGGAGCUUGUAUCACCACGAUGGAGUGUGAACCAGCGCAGCGAAGUCCUAGCCAAGCUGUUGUCCUUGCUUAAGAAAUUGAAUGUUCUUGAUCUUUCACUCGCAGCUCAAGCCCCUGACACCUUUGAUGCUGUCUCGCAACAGAUGCACCACCGUCGUCGUGUGGCUUUUGAGCGACUGGAGUAUAUUGGAGAUAAUUCUUGGGGAAACCAUCUCUCCAAUCGAAUGAUGGUCCUCUUCCCCGAUAGGCAGUGGGCGUACAGUCAGAAUGCCUACUCCUUUAAUUGUUUCCGAGAUGCCUGUGAAAUGAAUGUGACCCUGGAGUUUAUGUUUGACACCCUUCACGUCAGUGAACUGCUGCCUAUUGGUGUACGAGAGAAGUUGGGCACAGGGAAGAUAAAGGCCGACGUAGUGGAAGCUCUUAUUGGGGAACUGCACGUCACCCUCUGGGGUCUUGAACCACAACUCUAUGACUCCUCCUGCUUUGUGGAGAUCAAUGGGGUUGGGGAGGCGCGGCUCUCUGCCGUGGUGCAACACUGCCUAACAGAAAUUUACGAUUUGAUUCUACUCUCAUACGUUCAAGAGCUGAGUGGCUCGGCAAUACCUCUCGCCAAAGAGAUCGCGGCAGAGCGAAUUUGGGGUCAAGCGUACCCACCGGUGCGAAAAACAAAAGAUCGAGGUGGAGCGGCACGUAGUGGGCGGUUAUCCACAACAACUGUUAUCGGGGUAGGCGAGGUGCGACAACUCCCCGCACUCCCAUCACUCUUUACGGUGCCAACGCCGCUACCGGAUAUCGUGCCGCAUCCCCUAAGACAGCUACGUGUGGUGGGGGAAAUUCCAGAAGAAACAGUUUGCACACACACAAAUACGGACGUCUUUGUACGCUUCGUUGACAGCUUUUCAAGGCUGAGUCUUCUUGACGAUCGUCGUGUGGCUACAAUGGAUGUCCGACGUCUCCGUGACGUGCGUUUCUUAUCGUUAAAACGCGAGUUGGUACCCGCAUUGCCGGUAAACCUGGAGGAUGUGGCAGAAGAAGACGUGGCUGCGGAUAAUGCAACGGCACCCUCUCUAGAUGGCAUGAAUACAACGGCGACGGAGCGGGUGUUGGACUUGGAGGAGGUGUAUUUUCGCGAUGCGUACUAUAAUCUUUUUCCUUCUCCAAUGUCUCUUGAGAAAGACGCUGAGUUGUGUGAGGAAAGUAAUUUUUUGGUUGCUGUUGGGACUACGAGGGGAAGCUCGGGGUGUCUCAUGGAUUAUGAAAAGCAGCUACAAAUGGCGACGACUGUUAUUUACCCACCGCUACGUGCGACACCCACUGUGGUGCCCGGGGAUGUAACCGCAAAGGGGGAACGCAUCUGUUCCUUUGCGCAGUCGGUGUACGUGCCGCCAGGCACGAAGACACCGUCUGCGGGUGUAGUGACGGACAAGAAUCUUCACUUUGGUGAAUUUGUCUUUCUGCCUGUUCAGAAGGAAACGACGAGGGAGCCGCAAGAGUCAGAUGAGACUCCCAAAAAAGAUGUGGGCGAGGAUGCGUCAAAGCGCGAUGGUGCCGUGGAGGAGAAAAUGUUGGAGGCCGUCGUGGCCGGGAGUGAGCAUGAUGAUAGUGCGGGUGGCGAGGAUGAAGAGGAAGGCAUGCCUGGGAUUGUCUCUCAUGAUCUGCGGAUGCAGGCACAAAGCAAGUGGCACCGCGAAAACCCAUACUUUGCCGUCCCAUCCAUUUUGACACACACUGCAUCCUGCAUGUGA